AAUGGAUGUGGUCGAUGUUUGCAAGCCUUGCGAAUUAGGGGGGGAAAAUCACGAUUGUUCGUUUUUUUAGCGGUUACCAUGGGUUCAUAUGGUGAUGUGGGGUUUAUUCUAAUAAAUUUCAUCAUUGGAUGUAUUUCAUUUGUUCUUACUGAGGCUAGUGAAGUAGCUAUUAGUCCUAAAAAUGGAACGGAUUCUAUCCACAACGAAAACGAAUCAGCUGUUGAAGAGAUGCGUUAUCAUGUUGCCGGUAUAAACUUCGAUCGUGUGGCAGUCCCUUUCGUAAUUUCACUAUGGAUACUGCUGGCCAGUUUAGCAAAGAUUGGCUUCCACCUCUACAACAAACUAUCGUCUAUCUUCCCGGAGAGUUGCCUCCUCAUUCUGAUCGGUGUCAUCGUUGGCAUCCUCCUCUUCUUCAGCAAGUUCCUGUCGGCGAGCUACUACCAGCUAGAUUCAACCAUAUUCUUCCUCUUUCUGUUACCGCCCAUCGUACUUGAGGCUGGAUACUUCAUGCCAAAUCGCUCAUUCUUUGACAACAUUGGGACCAUUUUGCUCUAUGCAAUAGUUGGUACUCUGUUCAAUACUCUGACCAUUGGGUUUUCACUAUGGGCUGUGUCCAAUGAAGUCCUGGGAUGGGUUGAUGUAGAUAUAGGGAUGUUACACUGCCUCUUAUUCGCCAGCUUGAUCUCAGCAGUGGAUCCAGUCGCUGUUCUCGCCGUCUUUGAAGAGAUACAAGUCAACGAAGUCCUUCAUAUCAUUGUGUUUGGAGAAUCAUUGCUGAAUGAUGCGGUCACCGUUGUGCUUUAUCACAUGUUCGAAUCAUUCAGCGAGAUCGAGGUACAAAGUGCUGUGAUGCCAAUAGAUGUCAUCGCUGGUGUUGGAUCAUUCUUUGUGGCUGGCGGGGUCGGCACGCUUAUUGGUGUUCUGUUUGGCUUCUUCACGGGAUUGAUUACAAAAUAUACGGACCAUGUUCGCGUGAUUGAGCCCAUCUUUGUUUUUGUCAUGGCAUACCUGGCCUACCUAACUGCUGAAUUGUUCCACUUAUCAGGGAUAAUGGCUGCUGUGUUCUGCGGCAUCACCAUGAAACAAUACGUCGAAGCAAACGUCACCAACAAGUCUCAAACAACCAUCAAAUACUUCAUGAAGAUGUUGAGCAGCGUGAGCGAGACUAUCAUCUUCAUGUUCCUUGGAUGUUCGACUGUGAUUGACACCCACGACUUCCAAGUGGCAUUUGUAGGAUUCACGUUAAUAUUUUGCUUCGUUUAUAGAGUACUAGGUGUUCUGAUUUUAACAUGGAUGGCCAACCGUGUUCGUUUGCUCAAAUUGACCAAAACUGACCAAUUCGUCAUGGCCUACGGGGGCCUUCGUGGUGCCAUUGCGUUUUCAUUGUGCAAACUUUUAAACGAAAACCACGUUCCAAUGAAGAGGAUGCUUGUUACCACAACAAUUGUUGUUGUUUAUUUUACAGUAUUUAUCCAGGGUAUUACAAUCAAACCUCUCGUGGACGCUCUCCAUGUCAAGAAGAGUGAUAAACAUGAAUGCACAAUGAAUGAGCAGAUAAAUGAAAGGUUCAUGGACCACAUUAUGGCUGGUAUUGAAGAUAUUUCCGGUCAUCAUGGCCAUCACUAUCUAAGGGGAAGGUUUGAACUUCUCAACACGAAAUAUCUAAAGCCAGCUCUGCUUCGAGAGAAACCAAAGACGCGAGAAACCAGCAUCUUCCGCACAUUCACGCGUCUGAAUCUCAAAGAUGCCGUCGACUACGUCAAACGCCAUGGAUCAAUUUCUAACUCGACAUCAGAUAUCCAUACGCACUCAUUAUCGCAUAUGAUCCGGAGGGCGUCAGUCGGUUCUAUGCAGACUCCGGCGCAAAGGUCGUUUUCAGUUCCCAAUAUGGGCAAACUUUAUCAAGAUGGAGACAGCUUGGUGCCAAAUGGUGAAGUGGAAGCGGUUGAUGGGGCCAGUAAUUUUGAAGAACACCGCAAUGACACGAUACUUGACAUGCGGUCCAUCGAUCCGAAGUAUUCAAAGAAGAUGGCCGACGAUUCAAAAAUGCAUCAUCUACUGGAAGAUGACAUGUUUAAACCGAGAAAGCAGUGGACGAAACAUCGUCGCCAUAGCUUGGAUGACGUAGUAAAUCACCCGCCAUUCCACCACAACUUACGCCUACAUCUUCGCCACCUGGUGAGCAGUAAGAAAGUCAAAGAGGAAAAGAAACGUCGUGAGAGCAAAGCGCAGAACUUGGAGAACGCGAUCGCUUGUGGGAGAACUGUGAGAAACGUCAGCUUCAACAUUGAGGCCCUACCCGGUAUGGAGAAGGAUGACGCGGAGGCUAAAGAGAAAGAAAAGGAGGAGAUGGUGGUUGGCAGCUCAAACAGUGACAACGAGUCGGACGACAUGGGCAUCAUCUUCACCGCCAGGACAACUGACCCACAAAUUGAAAUUUAUCACCCACCUCCUGUGACGAACAUCAAUGAGCAGACGGCAGUUGAAACGUCAUUACCGUGGAAACGAGAAACUAAUCGCCCUCCCAUGUCAUCGUCUUUCACACAUUCCAUGCCGAAAGACGGAGAAGCCAAACUCAGCGAGUGCCCGUCGUGGGUGGAUAAUUUGGAUUAUUCCGGAAAUAUCAAUGGCGGAUUCAAUGACAAUGACAAGUUCAAUGAGGAAAACAAUAAAGACAGUGUAGACUCGCCAUUACCCUUUCCCUGGCGUACAGUCCCGACGGAAGACCCACCUGUGUCGUCUCUGCCAUGGCGGAAUGAGAACGGGACUGAAUCAGAACCCGUCAUCUCCCCGACUGCUAGUCAAGUUUGGAGCACGCGGUUAGCGACGUCAGAUCUACCAAGCACGGAUAAUAGUGUUUCGAAACACUCCGAGCCAAUCAUCAUGCAGCAUGUUAUGGAUCUGCCGUAUCUUCGCACGAAUGGUUCGUUGUCCGAUAUGCAUCAUGUGCCAUCACAGAAUCUGUUGUUCGAUCAUGGCAGUAACGACGGCGAUGAGGAGAACGAGCACUUCCGCCGUCGGCCAUCUUUCUUCCGCAAUCGCUCAAUCGACCGUGGGCGCCGCCCUUCAAUCCAGCUGCCAUUAGACACCGGGGACGACGCUGAUCGUCUUGAACGAAUUCGAACCUGGCUCCGGAGCAGUCAUCCUGAUAAUCUCGCCUCGCCCCCUGCAGACAUUUUUAAUACCAUUGAUAUGCCACCCCACAGUGAUAUCGCCGGACAUGUUGAUAUCGCCGGGAUGGUAAAUACUAGCGACAUGGAGACGAUGUUAUAGCAAUGGCUCCACUUAGGAAAUAUCUCAGAUUGUAAAUACAUUUUCCAUGCUAUUUUUUAGAUAAUGAAUGAAGUCUUGUUCCUUUUAUCGUAGGCAAUUAUGCUUUCCUUGCAGUAUCCCGGAUAACAACUCGUAAAGCCUCCUCAAAUGUCUUCUUCCAAUUGUCUCAAAUUAGUUGUGAUUUUACUAACAAUAUUCCUGUUGUGAAUUUCAGCGAAGGGUAAUUUCUUACAUACACAACAGUGGUGACAGUGUGAAAGCUGGCAAGGUGAGGGGAGGGGAAAGUUAGCUUAAUUUUGAGAUUAAUAUAUCAUUUGCUUGGUCUCUUUCAGUCAUUUCCAAAUGACAGUGCAUUGAGGUGACUUGGUACACAUCUGCCCUGUGCAUUUAUCAGCAACAAACGUUGCAUGUCAUUAGUAGAUUAUGCCUCACGUAACGCAGGUUUCCAGUUAUAGUGAGCCAAGGCUGCAUACUGAAUUGGAGAAAAGUUAUUUGUCAAAAUUGUGGAUCCCAAAAUCUAAUUAUGGUAACAACUCUUGGCUCACUGAACUAAGUAGUAUCAACGUUGACUUUGGGACCAUCCUUGAGUUUUAUCUAGUGUAAAUAUAUUAUAAGGUCAUCUUCUGUGUACAUUGUAUCCAUUGGUUCCCGGAGGUGCAAUGUUCCAACUUGUUUUCCUUCAUAUCUUAUUGUAGAGAAAUCAAGAAUAUGGCAAAGGUCCAAGUCUGGGAAACUUGGCAAAUUGAUGAUAAUAAUGAUAGAUAUCUGACCAAAUUCAAUCUGGGCAGAAACAGAAAUUCAGAAAAGGCACCCUGCUAAAACUCUUCAGUGACUGACUGACUGCGUACCUGCAACAGUUGAUAUGUUUGUUGGUGAACGUGUUGAUUAAAUAUUGUGCUUAACUUAUUGUAACGACAGGGUAAACUGGAUACUGGUACUGUAAACCCGAUUAUUUUCUCAGCCAAAAUGUUUAUGUAGACAUCCUUUUAAGAUUUUGCUUCCAUUUAUUUCUGCAAAUGGAUGCAUUUUCCAUGAAUGAUAGAUCCAAAGUUUAACUUAAACCAUUUGGUUUGUGGUUUUUAACAGGUUUUACAGUAGGUUUCCAUUUUGAGUUCUGAGGAGGUAAGAAUCUUGUCCAUCUUGAAUCUUGCAUUCAUCUUGUUUCUGGGCGCAUUUAUCCACUGGUCGAGCAUUUUGAUCAGCUACAGUUCGAAGUCCGAUGCUCGGGUGUCUAUUGAUACCAGUCGAUGCCCAGAAGUCGAGGAUAAGUGGGUGGGCCCGUCAAGUCAGAGGUCAGGAAAAAACAGUACAUCUCUGAAUCUGUCAAAGUGAAUAUUGCAAUUUUAGUGCUUCCAAUUCAUUCUGACACUUUGUGCUAGAUAAUGUUCUUACUUUGCUUGAAUCAUUAAUUUUGAUACAUCAGUUCCAGAGUACAUGUAAAAAUAGUGAUCCAGCCAUAAAACUGAGAACUGUCAAUUCGUAAAGACGUUUUUUCCAUUCAUGUACGGGUGGAAUACAGUCAAACAUGAACCUCACUGUCGCAUCCAGAAAUCACAGGAGGCUCACAUUUUCAUCCUUAAUACUGCUGAUUGCCAUGACAACAACGUCACCAUGGCAACUGUUCAGUUUUAUGUAGCUUGGCUGGAUACAUUUGUCCUCAUUAGACAGUUAAUGUAGGAACAUGGCAUUCCUUAAUAUUUUGUACUCGUUUGCACUUUCAGGAUGGGCUGUGUCUUGUGUAGGCAGAAAGGUCACAUUAGUGGCGUUGGUUGCAGGAUUAUAGAUUCCUGUUUUUCAUUUGACCUUCAUGGUUGGGACCUUAAGCCUGUUUUAAAGGGGGAUUAUAGGCAGGAGCUGGGGGGGGGGGCUCCUAUACAGUCACUUAAGAUGCACCUAGACCAGGUUGUACUUGGAUGACUUUGCAUUUAAAAAUUAUUAUCAAAACACUUCACUGUUAAAUGAAAAGGGCUCUGAGGCAUGGUGUCAUUUUAUCAAGACAGCUCAGUGAAAUUAUUUUUUGAACUACAGUGCUGCCAUCUGGGGUUUUUAAUUACAACUGGUUAAAAAUACAUUUUGCAGCUGGAGGAAGUGUGAUUUGGAUUGGGCGUGAUUACAAUUAUCAUAAUUAAAAUGGUUUUACGAAGAGUUAUUUAAGCGUCAGGGGUUCAAAUAUAUUCUAUCGAUGUGUCAUGUACCCGUGUAUCAAAUAUUUUGGUCGUGAAGAAGGCUUCCAUCACAUCAGUAUGCCUCGAGGUGAAUAGUGCACACGGCCUCAAAACUCAUAAAGACAAAAGUUUUUAGUUUUGAAUAAAUUGAGAGAGAAGGUUAUUUGGACAAAAUGUAGUAUGUUGCAUCAAGUUCUGUCUUAUUGUCUUGUGCUAUUGUUGAAAAAUCUUUUGUCUAAUUCUAUGGCGGGCCAAUGGUGGGGUUGUUAAAAGCAUCACUAGUCCUGUUAGUGUGUGUGUAUAAAGUGAUCGCCACAGUUUCCGGUAUAAAGGGUAUCCAUAAAGUAUGAACGCAUCAAGGCACUCGUUUUCAGACCUCCCCUUGUAAAGCAAAAAUUGGCCGCCAUGUCUGGCCUGUAUGUGGUGUAUGCUCAUUUGCUGAAAUUCCCCACGGUUAUGUACAUACUUUAUGGAUUCUUCCGAUUCACGCUAAAUCACAUGUCACGCCAUGUCUGUGCAUUAUAGGACACUCCUUCCAUGACUGCGAAGGACAUUGUAAUUAGAAAUUGAUUACUAAAUGAAUUAAUCAAGAACUUGGAAUUCUGUGAUUUUUGCUCAGGAUAUUGUAUAAAUCAUUAGAAAAUUUAUCUUAUGAAUUCAAAUAAUAGUUUUUCGAUUCUAUGGAAUGUAUAUAAGAAACUGUAACUUGUUAAUAAUUGUGUUUGUAAUGCUGAUUACUUAUGAAUUGUAAAUCACUGCGAAAUUGUUGACAAUUGCGCCUUUGUUAUGCAUUUUGAAGAAAGGCCUUCAUCUACUUCACAGGUGGUUUCAGGGGAGGGAGGUAAAGCCAGUAUGCAUCCCUCUAUUUCAGAAAAAUCUCUAAUCUUUAAUCAGGAUUUUGAGUGGGAAGUGCUCCCUUCUCCGAGUCCUGGAUCCGCCCCUGCCCUUAUUUACAAAUUGUACCCUUUUGUUUCUUCUGUCAACAGGCAUUAAACUACAGUCCAGUUCACAAUUGACAUCCCUGAAACUGCUUUCGUGACGCGCUACCAAAAGCGUGUGUCACAGGUAGUACGUGCAACCUUCUUGGAAUGUGUGUUGGGUGUCACUUUCAGGUUUUAAAGUCAGAUCCAUAGCUAGCAUUUCGGUAUGGGGUGGCAAAGAACCUCUAUUUUUGUGUUACUGUUUGUUGGCCUUGAGGAGGCAAAAAUAUGCAUGGAAAACAACUUUUUCUUUGAUUCUUGGGGCUGGGGCCCUGCAGAGAAAGCACCUUGUUUAUUGUUAUUGACAUCUGACACAAAUUCCAAAAAAUGAUCUUGGAUGUAGUCCCAUUGAUAUCACUUAAUACUUCCGACAGCCAGGUAUGAAAUCUACAUGCUCCAGUACCAUUAGUAGUACCAUUUGCUUUUCAUUGUCUUGCACACAUCUCCUUGAAUAUUUGGCAUCAAGCAAGACUUUCAGCUAUUAGCACCUUGGAACAGCCUCCCACCUCCACGUGUUUUUGUGAUGAGGCUAUUCCAAGUAAUCCUCUCCUUCCCUCGUUGUAUCAUGAUAACUUAAUAAUUAGACUGCUGUGACGAACGUUGAAGGUGAUUAUGCCGUGAAUCAAUUAAUCUCAAUUUUAAUCUCAAUCAGUGGCUUGUAACUAUUAUCAUGUUAGAUUCCUUAAGCACCCCGCAAAUAAGAGAUUUUAUCAGUGCAACAAUUAUUGCAGUGUUGUGUGAUAAAGAUUGUGAUUUUGUAGUUAAACUGAUAAUUGCCAAUUGACAAGUGGGCAAAAUGGCAAGACACAACAGACCGUAUAAUUUUGUCUCCUGUGAUAAUUAUCGCAAGUUGCUGCAACAAAAAUCUCUUGUUUGCGAGGCGCUUAAAGAUUGACUGACCUGAAACUGUGGCAAAGUACUAGAAAUAUUAAUUCGUUGCAAUUAAAAUCCUUUUAAAAAGGUGUGCAACUCUUGAAAAUAUAUUUUAACAGGCAUGAGACUUGGCCAUUCCUACAAGUCAGUGUUAUGGAAAACAUGUAAUCUGCUAGCCAAUUUUUAGGUGUCGAAAACAGAGGUUACAGGCCUCGUAAAUAAUGAGCCUGAUAUUUUUAAAAGCUGCCAAAUUUCGAAUCUUGGUGACGUCUCUUUUGGGAAAUGAUUUCCUGGUAUUUGAGAAAGAGUUAUUAUCACUUCAGGGUUUUAUUCCAUCUUUCUGAAGGUUAUUUUAUGUUGUAUCAAAAGCUUUUCUGUCGGCAGGUUGCAAAAUAUUGAGCCAACGAGUCUUGCACAAACAAUUUUAAUUUGCUUUGGUGGCACCUUGUUCGGUUGCUCGAGUCUCCGUGUGCAUGAGAUCAACCAAUUAUUUUCUGGUAAAUAAUAAGUACGUGCAAAAUUUGUGAUUUCUGUAUUUUCAACUUGCUGACUGAGCUCAUGGUCCCUUUAAGAUUGUUUCAAGUCAAACUGAUGGUCAUCCACAGUGUAUUCUGUACUGGAAUAGUGUAUAAAUACACAUGGAUUCCCAGCAAUUUGAAAUGAAACAACAGUUGGUUGUACUGUAUAGUAGAUCCAGUUGUUAACUGAGUUCAGGAAUUAGAAGUUUGAAAUAACUGAAUCUUGAGAAGUGAAAUAAAUUAUUUAUUAGGAAAUAAACAUAUUUCUAAGAAAA